CGCGAACGCGACUCUCCGCAGAGCCUGGGGGCGGAUUCGGACGGCCAAUCGGCUUCUUGAGGAGUCCCGUGCCCGCCGGCCCAGGGCCGAGAGACUACAGGAUCCCAGCCUGCCCGGCGAGCGGAUUUGCCCGGGGCGGGCCGAGCCAGCUGGGAGGCGGUAUCACGUGAGGCGGCCUGGACCACGUGACCCGGCAGCCCGGCCCCCGGCCCACUCGCCAGCUCCGCCUUUAAGCCCGCCACUCGCUGGGUCCCGCAACGCUUGUGAGGUCCUCCCGGCGCUCCCGGCUGCUGGGCCUACAUGGACGGCGCGCGGCCGCGGCUGGCCUCCCAGGAAAAGGCACAGGUUUGAAGGUAGAGGAAGGAUUGGACACGUUGCUGGGGCAAGUGAGCGAUCCAUUUAACCAAAAAGAUGUCGGCUUAUUUUUAGGAAUUACUUGAAACCAGAGUCAUGGUGGAUGUAGGAAAGUGGCCAAUCUUCACUCUGCUCUCACCUCAAGAAAUUGCAUCUAUUCGGAAAGCUUGUGUCUUCGGCACCUCAGCCAACGAAGCACUGUAUGUUACUGACAAUGACGAGGUCUUUGUAUUUGGACUGAACUACAGUAACUGUCUAGGAACUGGAGAUAACCAGAGUACACUUGUGCCCAAAAAGCUGGAAGCCUUAUGUGGAAAGAAGAUUAAGAGCCUUAGUUAUGGGAGUGGACCGCAUGUUCUUCUCAGCACCGAAGAUGGAGUUGUUUAUGCCUGGGGCCACAAUGGAUAUAGCCAGCUUGGGAAUGGGACGACCAACCAAGGCAUUGCUCCCAUCCAAGUCUGCACCAACCUCUUGAUCAAGCAAGUGGUUGAAGUAGCUUGUGGCUCACAUCAUUCAAUGGCUCUGGCAGCUGAUGGAGAGGUGUUUGCUUGGGGCUAUAACAACUGUGGCCAGGUGGGAUCAGGAUCUACAGCAAAUCAACCAACUCCUCGCAAAGUUACAAACUGUUUACAUAUUAAGAGGGUGGUUGGCAUUGCCUGCGGUCAGACCUCGUCCAUGGCUGUUCUGGACAAUGGUGAGGUGUACGGCUGGGGCUACAACGGCAAUGGUCAGCUAGGCUUGGGAAACAACGGCAAUCAGCUGACCCCCGUGAGAGUGGCAGCUUUGCACAGCGUUUGUGUGAACCAGAUUGUCUGCGGCUAUGCACAUACUCUAGCACUAACUGAUGAGGGCUUGCUCUAUGCCUGGGGAGCUAACACAUAUGGGCAGCUGGGAACUGGCAAUAAAAAUAACCUGCUAAGCCCAGCACACAUCAUGGUGGAGAAAGAAAGGGUAAUAGAGAUUGCGGCCUGCCACUCUGCCCACACGUCUGCAGCCAAGACGCAGGGAGGGCACGUGUACAUGUGGGGCCAGUGCCGGGGCCAGUCGGUGACCCUGCCUCACCUCACCCACUUCUCCUCCACCGACGACGUGUUCGCCUGCUUCGCCACGCCCGCCGUCACCUGGCGCCUCCUGUCUAUAGUCUUUCAAAGCUUGAACAUGUGUCCUGAGCUUCCUGUAUUAAUGUGCUCGUUUCCUUCAGAGCAUGAAGACUUUUUAACAGUUGCAGAGUCACUGAAGAAAGAAUUUGACAGUCCGGAAACUGCCGAUCUGAAGUUUCGAAUUGAUGGGAAAUAUAUCCAUGUCCAUAAAGCUGUUUUGAAAAUCAGCAAGCAAGCAGAAAGACUUGAUCUGACUGGGGUCUAUCAGAUGCAAACAGUGGUACUGUUGAAGUGGUGUGAGCACUUUCGAUCCAUGUUCCAGUCUUACUGGAAUGAGGACAUGAAGGAGGUGAUAGAAAUAGACCAGUUUUCCUACCCAGUGUACCGUGCCUUUCUCCAGUACCUCUACACAGAUACAGUGGAUCUGCCGCCUGAAGAUGCCAUAGGUCUUUUGGAUUUGGCGACAUCGUACUGUGAAAACAGACUGAAGAAACUUUGUCAGCACAUUAUCAAGCGAGGAAUCACCGUGGAGAAUGCCUUUUCAUUGUUCUCUGCCGCGGUCAGAUAUGAUGCAGAGGAUUUAGAAGAAUUCUGCUUUAAGUUUUGCAUCAAUCAUUUGACAGAAGUUACACAGACUGCAGCAUUUUGGCAAAUGGAUGGCCCUCUGCUAAAGGAAUUCAUUGCUAAAGCCAGUAAAUGUGGAGCCUUUAAGAACUGAAGCCCAAGACUGCUGGGUUUUGUGUGAGUGCUCUGGGGCUGCUGGUGAUGGUGUGUCGUUUGUGCUCUAUGGGUGAUGUAAUUCUGCAGGUAAAAGAGCCCAUCAGGUUGAUUUGCUCACAUGGAGAUACAGUUCUCUGUGUAAGGAUACAGGAAGGGUGUACGGCUUUUCCUGAACCCAUUUUAAACAACCCUUAUUUCCAGAUGUGUAUAUUUUAAAUGUGACCUUAACGUUUGGCUGGGACAUUGUACAAGGGUGAAAGUCUAGCUGGUUGUUUGAUUUUUGUUUGGUUUGGUUUUGAUUAGAGGAACUCCUGAAGUUGGAAAGGGGGCUUUGCGGCAAGUCUCCUGGCUUGCAUAUCGACAACCCUUUUAACGCCAGGGGUUGGGAUAGGGUGCCAACUGUGAGAGGUGUAGAGGCCCCACUGGGAAUGACAGAUGCUGACUUGGGGGCUUGUUGAAGGGCUGCAUUAGUUGCUAGUUCAGUAGCUUCACUGUGAAGGAAUAGUUAAGAUUGUCUGAGGCUUUUGUUUGUGUAUUUGCAUUAUUGAUGACUUUUUUAACUUCAAAAUAAUAUUCAAUUUAAUAUAAGCCUAUUGAAAUUAUGUGAAGAUGAAUUUCUAGGUUAGUCGGGGUUUCUCUUAAGACUUAAGUACGUAAAGAGUCGUAAUGUAGAACUAUCUGUGAAAACUUGAUAAUGAAAGAAACUUCAUUUGGGUGAAAGUGGAUAUUUUAUAACUCAAGAGUCUCCACUACUAACAGUGUUUUCUUAAGGUUAAAUUUGAGAACCCAAAUUUAAAUCCCCCCACCUUUUCUCCUAUAAAUGCUAAUCAUAUAAGAGGAAAAUAGUGAUAUAUUCAAUGUACUCUUGCCUUCCUGAAUUGUGGUUGCUGAAUCAUCAGAUCUGCUACGUCCGGCUCAAAUAAGUGGUUCUUAAAACCAAGUUUCUUACAGGACUUAAUAGAAUUUGUUUUUAAUCGAUUUUUAUCUAUGCCAAAUGCUGUCACACAUUUUGCUUAUUUGAAAUGUCACCAGCUUUCACGUUUGAUUUUCCUUUCCUUUUAAUUGUGUUAGGUAACUUUGAAAAAGGAUCCAAAUUAUGAGGGUGUUUUUUUGGUCUGGUUAUGAAAUGUGACUUUGGGAAGUAAGAGUGUUCAACUCUGAGUUUUAUCACGUGUGCCCGUUGAGCUUGCUUCAAGGACAAAGCUUUGUUCUGCUCUCUGGCCCACGGACUCAUUUCCAUUUGUGGGGGCUCCUUUAGUGAACUGUGUCAUGUUUGGAAGGUCCUCCAUCUGAAGUUAGAGACCGAAUCCAUUUUCAGACCCCAAUUAAAAAGAGGGUGAAUAGAUGCUGCAGCUACUGUUUUUAGCAAUGUUUCUAAGUGUAUAUUGGGGGGUGAGGGCCCAAAGAUGGAAAUUCAUUGAUAGAUGAAAUAAACCCGGAAGUCUCAGCCUCCUUUUCUUUACCAUGUUGCAAGUGAUUGAAGCCCAAUGAGUUAUUAGGUUAGAAUUAGUUCUGCAACAUAAUAGAAUUUUCUUACUAGGUUGAUAAAUGUACAUUAAUUUGAUUAUUAGCUAUGAUGGGUAGUGUUUCUAACAGUCACUGUCUAUAGGCUUAUGAUCUGGACAAAACAAGAACUUCAGUAAAUUUACUAUUGCUCUUACUUGAAAAAAAACUUUAAAAAAGCACAAAUUAACAUAGAUCCAUUUCCAUAGAUAGUUCAUUCGCUAAACAAAUAUUUACUGAGUUCCCAAUAGGUGAAGAACCACUUCUCAUAUUAGAUUACUGAGUAAUUUGUAUGACUAUAUUUUCAGUGAAGAGAACAGAAAAAAGUCUCUCAGAAAGUACUUGAGUAUCUUGUGUUGGUUUUUUUUUAAAAAUAGGCUCUCUUAUUUUUCUACUUGGUUUUGUUGUUAAUCAUAGCAGGAGAUGAAAACUAUUCUUUGAAUUGUUUUUUUCAUCUGAUAUAAUAGUGAAAGCCAAAAUAUUGGUAUUUCUUCACAUAGCCCUAAAAUGUACUCUUGAACUUCCUACUGGAACAAGGUUUGAUACGCUAGUUAUAUAGGUUGUAUAUAUGUAAUGUUUAGAGUGACAUAUUAAUAAAUAAAGCAAUCUGUUAAAAUAGG